AUUUUACUUUCUAAUAUGACAAAUUUAACCAUUUAUCUUAUAAAAUUAGUAAGUUUUAGCCUCUCACCUUACAAAAUUGGAACAAUUGUGUCCAAUAUUAUUUGUGUUUGAUCUUGGGAAUCGCAAUGGAUGAGAGAAUGAGGGAUGUCGCUGAAGCGGGAGACAUUAAAGCCCUGUAUGCACUAAUUCAGGAGAAUUCAUUUGUUUUAGAGAGCAUUGAUAGAUUUCCUUUCGUUGACACUCCACUACAUAUAGCAGCCUUUAAAGGGCACAUUGAUUUUGCCAUGGAAAUGAUGAACUUAAAGCCAUCGUAUGCAAGGAAGCUAAACCCAACUGGGCUAAGCCCCAUGCAUCUUGCCCUGUUAAAUUGCCAAAUUCAUGUAGUACGUGAGCUCCUCAAAGUUGAUAAAGAUCUUGUCCGUGUCAAAGGGAGGGGCGGUUUGACUCCUUUGCAUUAUGCAGUGGAGAAGGGGAACCUGGAUCUUAUCGCUGAAAUUUCUUGAGGCUUGCCCCGUAUGCAUCACAGAUGUGACCAUUCAAGGCCAAAAUGCCAUACAUAUUGCGAUAAGCAACAACAACUUCGAAACUCUAGAACUUUUGGUUUGUUGGCUUGAAAAGAUCACUCACAAAGAUGCUGACAUUUGGUAUAAACAAGUCCUGAACGGGAUAGAUCGAGGAGGAAACACAGUUCUACAUAUAGCUGCAUCCAUUAAUCAUCCCCGGAUGAUAAGAUUAUUAUUAGCAUAUAAGAUGAUCUCCAAGAACGAAGUCAAUUUGAAUGGCCAAUCAGCUUUGGAUAUGUUAUCCGGUCAAGUUAACAGCAGCGAAACUGCAAACAUUCUUCGUCAAGCUGGAUGUCUAGAAGCCGAAAGAAUUCCUGCGCGUCAGACAUUAGCAGAGUCAUUGAGAACAAGAAUGUCUUGUUCACAGAAAUUACGAAGAACAAUGGUGCGCCAGAAUAACAUGAUAUCUAAUGACAUGAGGAAUGCUAUGCUGGUAGUAGCUGUAUUGAUCCUAACAGCAACCUACCAAACAUGUCUUAGUCCACCUGGAGGUGUUUGGCAGGGUAACUUAGGCGACCCAAUGCCCAGUCGCUUAGAUAUCAGUCCCUCAACUGCACCUUCCCCUCCCUCAAGAGUACUUUACACUCCCCCACCCCCACCUACGACCGAAUCCAAAUUUGGGACGCCCCUAUUCAACCCUACCCAAACUCGACCCCCACCUACGACCCCACCCCCACCCCCACAUACAAUUGUGAUGCCCGUAAUCAACCCUCCCCGACCUCGACCCCCACCUACAACCCCACCCCCACCUACGAGUGGGGUAUUCAACCCUCUACCCAACAAGGUUGCCACUGAAAGUAAGGUCGGGCUCUCAAUCAUGUCCACACCUAAUUUUAUAUACUUUUAUUUUAUAAACACUGCAACUUUCUUGACUACAACAAUCGUAGUGUUUUUCCUACUUUCUGAUAACACAAUAAACCUGCUUACCUUACCAGUCAUGUUAUUCAUUCUUUGCUACUUGCUGUCAAUGACGUACCUAGCUCCAUUUCAUUUUCCAAUUCCUUUUUCCUCUCCGCUUCAACCAUUUGCACCUAUUAUCGUUGCUACUCUGCUCUUCCUUGUUGUGUGUUUGCCUAAGUUUUUCAAUCUUAAUCUCCAAUAAAGGGCUAGUUUAAAUGUUUCUAAAAAGGAAAGUUAUUGCGCACUUGUAUUUGCAUUUUGCUUAAUGCUAGGUACGGCCAACGUUGCAGAAAUUUUUCAUGAAUGUGAAGGAGGAUUUGUAUCUUCUCCAAAUUGAAGCUAAGAAGGUAAGGCACUUCACUUUGUGUCAUUCAAUCCUUAUGAAUUAUCUUGUUCUUUAUUUGAAGUUCUCUGGAUGAGCAUGAAAGGAAGUAUAAAUGAUGGGUUCUUGACAUUUAUGUAUGAAAUAUAUAUUUUUUGUGUUGGUUGUUAUCAACAGAUAGAAAUGGGGAAUAUGCAUUUCUUGUUAUGGUUAACAAAGCGUAAGAUUAUUC